GGGGUAGUUCUCUCCCUUCCCGCCAUGUCCUUUGCUUUUUUCUCACCUUCACGUUCCUCGCUUCGACCGUCUUUUUCUCUCACUAGAUUGACAAGAACAUCUGCAGCCAUGGCUUCGUCUAAAUGCCCCAUGAGAGAGGCCAAUGUCGCCGGCGGCGGCACCCGCAACCGCGACUGGUGGCCAAAUGAUCUGAGACUCAACAUCCUCCGCCAGCACACUCCUGUCUCCAACCCGAUGGACAAGGACUUCAGCUAUGCACAAGCCUUCAAGAGUUUGGACUAUGAAGCAGUGAAGAAGGAUCUCCAUGCCUUGAUGACAGAUUCUCAGGACUGGUGGCCGGCCGACUUUGGUCACUAUGGUGGUCUGUUCAUUCGAAUGGCCUGGCACAGUGCCGGUACCUACCGUGUCGCCGACGGUCGCGGUGGCGGCGGCCAAGGUCAACAACGCUUUGCUCCCCUCAACAGCUGGCCUGAUAAUGUCAGCUUGGACAAGGCCCGCCGCCUGCUCUGGCCCAUCAAACAGAAGUAUGGCAACAAGAUCUCCUGGGCGGAUCUGAUGCUCCUCACUGGCAAUGUCGCCCUCGAGUCCAUGGGUUGCAAGACCUUUGGCUUCGCAGGCGGCCGCCCAGACACCUGGGAGGCUGACGAGUCCGCGUACUGGGGCGGCGAAACCACCUGGCUGGGCAAUGACAUUCGCUACUCACAAGGUCACUCGGGCCUUUCCGGCGAUGGCGUCGUCGACUCCGAUGAACAUAAAAAAGAUUUCAAGGACAUCCACACCCGAGACUUGGAGAAUCCGCUCGCAGCGGCGCACAUGGGCUUGAUCUACGUCAACCCAGAAGGCCCUGACGGCGUUCCCGACCCCGUCGCUGCCGCUAGAGACAUCCGCACCACCUUUGGUCGCAUGGCCAUGAACGAUGAAGAAACCGUUGCCCUGAUCGCUGGUGGUCACUCCUUCGGUAAGACGCACGGUGCUGCUCCUUCCGACAACGUUGGCAAGGAGCCAGAAGACGCUCCCCUCGAGCAACAGGGUCUCGGAUGGGCCAACAAACACGGUUCCGGCAAGGGUCCCGACACCAUCACCAGCGGCAUUGAAGUCACCUGGACCGGCACUCCCACAAAGUGGAGCAACAACUUCCUCACAUAUCUCUUCAAGUACGAAUGGGAACUCACCAAGAGCCCUGCUGGCGCCAACCAGUGGGUUGCAAAGACCAACGACCUCAUUAUUCCCGAUGCUUAUGACGCCAACAAGAAGCACAAGCCAACCAUGCUGACGACCGACCUUUCCCUCCGCUUCGAUCCAGCGUAUGAGAAGAUCGCUCGUCGAUUCCUCGAGAACCCAGAUCAGUUCCACGAUGCAUUCUCCCGUGCCUGGUUCAAGCUGUUGCACCGUGAUAUGGGUCCACGAUCCCGCUGGCUCGGUCCGGAGAUCCCGUCUGAGGUGCUGAUCUGGGAAGACCCCGUCCCACCCGCCAACCAUCCCAUCAUCGACGAAAGUGACAUCUCCAGCCUGAAGCAAAAGAUUCUGGCCACCGGCAUCAAGCCUUCCGAGCUGGUCACUGUUGCCUGGGCAUCGGCUUCAACCUUCCGCGGCAGCGACAAGCGUGGUGGCGCCAACGGUGCUCGCAUUCGUCUCGCUCCCCAGAACAAAUGGAAGGCGAACAACCCUCAAGUGCUGGCCCAAGUGCUCGCCGCUUUGGAGAAGGUGCAGCAAGAGUUCAACAGCUCUGCUAGUGGCGGCAAGAAGGUUUCGCUGGCGGAUCUCAUCGUCCUGGCGGGCAGCGCAGCCGUAGAGAAAGCCGCCGGCAUCCCUGUUCCCUUUACACCUGGUCGCACAGAUGCUACCCAAGAGCAAACCGAUGCCGAAUCUUUCCAACACCUCGAGCCUUUGGUUGACGGAUUCCGCAACUACGGCAAGGGAACACCCCGUGCUCGGACUGAACACUUCCUCGUCGAUAAGGCACAACUACUGAAUCUCUCUGCCCCUGAAAUGACUGUGCUGGUGGGUGGUUUGCGUGUCUUGAAUGCCAACUGGGAUGGCUCCUCCCAUGGUGUCUUCACCAAGCGCCCCGGUCAACUGACCCCUGACUUCUUCACCAAUCUCCUCGACAUGGGCACAACCUGGAAGGCGGCUAGCGCUGACGAGGAACUCUACGAGGGCUUCGACCGCAAGACCGGUGCGAAGAAAUGGACAGGCACUCGCAGUGACCUUGUCAUCGGCUCUCAUGCCGAGUUGCGUGCCAUCGCCGAGGUGUAUGCCAGCGCUGGCAACGAGGAGAAAUUUGUCAAAGACUUUGUCGCAGCUUGGGCUAAGGUUAUGAAUCUGGAUCGAUUUGAUCUGGCCGCUGCUCAGGACCCCGCAAGGGCACGUCUGUAAGCGAGAAAGACAUUCGAUUUCAAGGAGAAGACGGGGACUUGCAAGUCACAGUGUGUAGUCGUCACCUCACCAUGCGGUUCGGAGUUGGGCAGUCAAACAAAUUCCAUCGGUUAGCAAGCUCAAUGAACUGCAGCCGCACUAAAUAGCAAUCAAAAUGUAUCAUUUCACAAAUGA